AUGGCCCUCGACGCCAACGAGAAGAGCUACAUCCUGGACGCGAGGAACACCUACGAGGACGGCGGCAGUCUAGGCUCAGAGGAAUCUUACGAUGAUAUGAGACAAUUAGUCGGGGAGAAGAAGGAAGAAUCCGGGAAAUUCAAUAGUCUACCCUUGGCCAGUUUUAAUUUCAUCAAUUCCAUUAUCGGCAGCGGUGUCAUUGGGAUACCGUACGCUCUCCAUCAAGCCGGAUUCGGUCUUGGCAUAGCGUUAUUGAUAGCGGUAGCCGGCCUGACUGAUUAUUCCUUAAUUUUGAUGGUCAGAAGCGGUCACAUCUGCGGGGAGAUGAGUUACCAAGGCUUGAUGAGGGCCAGCUUCGGUCGCACCGGAUUUUAUAUUCUCACCACUCUGCAGUUUAUUUACCCAUUCAUAGCGAUGGUCUCUUAUAACGUGGUCGUCGGCGACACGGUGACGAAGGUUCUAAUAAGGGUGACGGGGAUGAGCGAGACGAGCAUCUUCGCUCACCGACAAGUAGUCAUCUUCUUGGCGACGGUCUGCAUCACGAUACCGCUUUGUCUCUAUAGGAACGUUGCUCGUCUGGCGAAGAUCUCCUUCCUUUCCCUCGUCUGCGUCGGUUUCAUUCUUCUGGCCAUUUUAAUACGAAUGGGUACACUAUCCGCAAUCGUGCCAAGCCAAGCGGAUAGCUGGCGAUUCGCGAACUUCCCCGGUAUAGUGCCCUCCAUCGGAAUUAUGGCGUUCGCUUUUAUGUGCCACCAUAACACGUUCCUGAUCUACGAGUCCAUCGAGAGGGCGACCCAACAAAAAUGGGACGUGGUCACCCAUUGGUCCCUGUUCACCUCGUUUCUGAUCGCCGCAGCGUUCGGUAUCAUCGGCUACGCGACGUUUACCUCGUACGUUCAGGGGGAUCUGAUGGAGAACUAUUGCUGGGACGACGAUCUGAUGAACUUCGCCAGGGUGAUGUUCAGCGGCACCAUAUUGCUAACAUUCCCUAUCGAGUGUUUCGUCACGAGGGAGGUGAUCCUAACAGCGAUCAAAGGAACAGACGAACUGGAGGAUCACACGGCGUACGUUCCCAAUUCGGAUCGCAAUUACCUGAUAAUCACCCUGAUGAUAGUGGUGUUGGCGUACCUGCUCUCGAUGUCCACGGAUUGUCUGGGUCUGGUACUCGAGCUGAAUGGUAUCCUGGCCGCUGUACCCUUAGCCUACGUUCUGCCCGGUCUUUGCUACCUAAAGCUCGAAGAGGGACCUGUCCUCUCCCACAAGAAGCUUCCCGCCCUCGGCCUGAUGACCGCCGGUGUGUUUGCUGCUGUUUCCGGUCUCCUACUUCUGAUCCUGAACAGUGGCACAUCUGGCUCCUGCGUUCACGGAAAGGUAAUGUCGUACUGCGUCGAGAACUCGAACACAACCAGCUGGAACACGACCGUCACGAGCAUCGGCUCGAUCUAAAUAUCUCCUCGAUCACGGGGAGUCCAUAAUGCCC